AUGCCUCAAAACAUGGCGACCACCGCGCAGCAGACCAUGGAGAGCGUCGAGAGCCGCCGUGUGCAGCUCGAGGAGACGGUGGCCAAGUUAAGGAAGGCUCUGGACCACUGGUCGACCUGGGAAAUGGAGUACCAGAUUCUCAAAGAAGAGCUGCAGGUUGCAGGCUCGCCCUCGCCGUCGCGAAUGGCUGAGAUAGGCCGCGACAUCCAGGGCAAGCUGGUAGACGAGAAGGAGGUAGAGGAACUGCUCGGCAAAACCUUGCCAUCGAAACGCACUGCUAACCAGGUCAUUGACAUGAUAACCAGGCGCCUUGACUAUGUCGAGCAGAACCGCGAGACUGUCGAAAAUCAGUUCGACAAGGCACAGAAACAGCUUGAGGCUCUUGAGAUGUUGACAGAUCAGGGUAUGGAGAACGAAGAGGGGUUACCGAUGAUGGAUAUUGAGGAACAGCUCGAUGACGAUGACAACAUCGUCUCGAGCUCGGUUUCUCAACCUGGGAAGGUUGCACCGGAGCUCGUAGAAGCAUUACGGAAAGCUGGAGUGCAGAAGAGCGAGGACCAAACUUCGAAAGGCGAACGGGAUAUGGUCGAUAAGCUUCCUACGCCUUCUGUUCUCGCACCUUCUACAUCACUUCCGGCACCUGAUACCGCAACCAAGUCCACACCCGCUUCCAACUCUGUGAAGAACCCCGAAAAUUUUCCCUCCAGCACUUCCAAGGGCAAGUCGAAAGCUUUCGAAACACCGAAGAAGUCAGUGUCUUUUGCAAACGACGUGCAAGUUGAGACUUUUGAGAAGCCCAAAACUCUGAAAGAUGACGUACGGAACUGGAAUCUUCCACCCGGGGCCAAAAUCUAUGAGGUCGACGACGAGAGCGAAGACAUCCUUGAGAAAGCUGUCGUUCCUGACACCGAUACUGCAGAAGAGGCCGCAUUGAGGAGAGAAAUGCUACAAUACGGUUUAAUUGAAAACAACGACAUCGUCGCUGAACUCGAAUUCGAAGAUGACGAAGACAUGGACGAGGAUUAUGAUGAGGACUACGAAGGAUACGACAGCGAAGUCAGCGAACAAGAAGACAAGUACGGCCGCAGUACUCGUCGCGUUCUCUCAGAUGACUACGUGCAAGAAAUGCGCGAGCUGGAGAAGAAGCUCAAUGCUCGCAUGCUCGAAAACAUCGGACCUGGUUCCGACCUUGUAGACAAGGCCGAUGAUGCUCGCACCCUCCGUGUCCGCAAAGAUGAUGAAUUUGAACAGUCGGUUCCCACAGCGACUGCCUCUUCCGAUGUUGUUGCGUCUAAGAAGGGCGUUCGUUUCACGGAUGAUGCAGACAGAUUGGAUGCACCGAAGCCUGCAGCAGAGCCUUCUGUGCCCAUCAAGCUACCAUCUACGAUAUCCGACAACAUUGUGGAGCGUGCCGCUUUUGUUCCUCAGCCACCCUCAGCGCCUUCUCAGCCAAUUCAGGUUUCACGAUUCAAGAGCGCUCGCUCUCACGCCAACGGACCUCCUGUCAAGCUUCACAACCCUGUAGUACCUGAUCCGCCCCCUGUGCCUACGGGUCCCUCUGGCAGCGUACUCGCGUCCAGCAUCGCCGAGCAUACCCCACAUCCCUCGGAACCGCAAGUGCCGGAUGAAUUUGAACCAGUCCUUCUCAACCGCGAGAUCACUGCCGAGUACCACAAGCUCCGCAACAAGAUGAUCUCGCAACAAGGUGGCUUUAAACCCACCGAGGAAGACGAAGAUGAUCCAUUGGUGGAGGAACGGAACGGUAAAACGAAGAGAGUAAGUCGCUUCAAAGCUGCGAAGCUGAAGGCGGAGGGUUUGUAG